GUAAAUAUAAACGCUACGCCACCAGUUGAAUGAGGUCUAAAGACAGUCGGUAAACGCGCGAGAGAGUCUCAUCACAGCAGCGCGAGCGACCAAUCACAGCGCGCGGACAGGCGCGGAGCCGCGCGAGGCCGACUGCAGCUGUGCUGUACCACCAGUCUCUUUGGGAAAUUAUUGGGAACCAACCACUCACCAGUUUAGACAGACGAAAGUUAGGCCUAUUUGAGUUUUCAGGUUUUGCGCACAGCCUGAGAACUUUUCAGAUCAAACUGCAUAGAUGGAGAUGUCACCUACUAAAUGGGAUUUAUUCUACUUUUAGCUUAAGAAAAACCUCGCGGCAAAGCACAGUUAGGCCACAGUGUCAUUUAUAAAAACGUGCAAACGGAUGAUUUGUAAACGGGAAUAACUGUACAAGAACAUUUGGCGUCCACGGCUGAAGCUGUUCUAAUCUUCUGCUUCAGGAACAGUGAGCGAAGUGCGCAGGCUCUCCAGCGCUCCUCUCCAGCAUCAGACCCCAGAGCAACGCACAGAGUACACUGCAGCAGAUCCCAGCGCGACAUUUGUGGAAAUGACACGCUCCGUGAUUUAGAAUGGGCAGAAGAACAUAAGAACAUUAGUAGUGGGAGAAGUCGGGCCUGAACUCUUCCAGGAGGUUAGAGGAGCAGAAACAAGAGGAGCCUCUGUGAUUGGAGCGUUCUGUCUCCCCUCUGUUCCUACAGAUAGGGACGUUUUGAUAAUUACAUAUAAUUAUAAUUUCUGUGGGAGACAGAUCUGCCUCUGUCUAUUAUUGCCAACACCUCCAACACAAUAACGGCACACAUUUCCAUUUUUCUCCACAAAAGUGAUAUUCUUUGAACCCCCAGAGACAAAUCAGGAAUAACUUUAUGUCACAUGGCGUCAUGUUCUCUUACUCGUCACUGAGCCAGUUUAAUGGCAUGGGCCGCCUAUGUGCCUGAAACAUGACCGCAGAUCUUCUCAGAUCCAAGUGGGGCCAGAAAAGACUUUAGUGUCAUUUUAAGAUGGAUAUCGCAGACCACAAACUGUUUUGUUGGUUUUUGCUUAUUCGCAAUUUUCAGUUUUUACAGUCUCCUAGCACUUAGGCUGAAGCUCACUCAUUAGCACCCAGCCCCAUCACAGUAACAGUCUGUGCCAGGGAAGAACUAGAGCACAUUUGUAAAACCAUAGAAAAGACUCAAGCAAAUGUCUAUAGUUUUAGACACUGCAAAAAAGCAACGUUUGAACAGAUAAUUUUUUAUUAACUUUUAGUCACAGUGAACGUCGUGGUGCUGUCUCAUUUUAAAUUUGUGUGAAAAAGCAUGAAUACAAUGUCAUAUGGAUGUUGCAUGUAGGUAACUGUAGAGUUUGAAUGUAAUUUCACACACAAAAAAACAAAAUCAGCCAUAAACUGUUUACAUUUGAUUAUUCCAGGCCAUUGUAUUAAGUGCCAAAAUCAGCAGAAGAAUGUAUACAGCUGCCAUACAAAAAACCCUGGAGUAGUUUAAUAUAUGUAGUAAAAAAUCCCCAAAAAACAUUGAGUAAGAUAUAAUUUUAGGAUUUAUUGAGCAGUAAAAGCAUCACAUUGGCUCUGCUCCUCACAUCGAAGAGGAGUUUAAAUGAUCAUAAGAUGAAGAUAUUACUAAGGCUCUGUGGCGGCCGAGCCAUUUGCUUAUCAUCAGAGGUUAUUAUCAUGAAUUUUGAAGUAUAAACUUAAACUCAAACAAAAUCAUAACAUCUAUUUCAGAAUGAAACUAUUGGUGUAACUUCAGGAGGCUCUACAUGAUUCCUCGUGUAUUCACAUGGCAUUCUAGUGGAUUAAAGUGCAAAAACGGAUACAGCAUUGACUCAAACACAGAAAAUAGAUCUCUUAGUCAUGUAAAAAUGACGCCCACCACCAGUCUCCGAGUGCUCGCUGUCUCUCUGCUCUCGCUCCUCACUGCCCCACUUACCACUUGUGUGGAGACCCCCUCCCCUCUGUUUGACCACUCACAGAGCAGCACUGACCAGUCUGUGUCUGAGCCCAGCUCCUCUCUCCUGCUGCGCGUCAUCCAGACCAAUGCCCAACCUGCAGCUCUGCAGAGCAGGCCCAAAGCCCCCGAGAGCCCCCCAGAAAGUGCAGAGGAGGUCCUGGAAACCCCUCCCAGGCCACUGGCCCAAGUCAUGUUUCCCAAAAAUGUGACGUCGUCAGAGGCCCUCGCCCCACCCUUGGGUGCAGCCCAGGUAGCACCCAUCCGGCCCAGGCUCAUGGAGGUGUGGAUGGAUGUGUGCCGGGGGUACUUCGACGUAAUGGGACACUAUGACAGUGCUUUUAACUGCACUAAAGACACGUUCAUCUACUGCUGUGGGACCUGCCACUACCGCUUCUGCUGCCCCGACAGCUCACGCCAACUGGACCAGGACAGCUGCAAGAACUACCACUCCCCCGACUGGGCCAAGACGCAGACGGAGACCAUGAUCAUCCCCGAGGAGCUGGGGCCCGACCCGGACUUCGACCCUCUGAAAAUGCAGAGCCAUAACACUGGCUUUGUCAUCGGAGGAGUGGUGGUCUUCAUGAUAGCUGUCGCCGUGGGGAUCAAGGUGGUUUUCAACAAGGUGCAACAGGAGGCGAUAAACAGAGAUCUCAAUAUGCCCAGAGCUCUGGUGGACAUGCUGCGGCACCAGUCCAGCCCCGUGCAGCAGGACGAAAGGAACAACAGUGUGGCCCUCACGGUGGCCGACGGGACGGGGACUCUGGGACGAACUCAGAAGAACCUGUAUGCCCCAGGACUGCCCAGCAAAGACAACAGAUUGGGAAAUUUGCAACACAACUUCAUCCAUCCGUCAAACACCAGCCCCAAACACACUGCGACUAUUGAACGCACCCCUCGCAUGAACAACGCUCAGCUGGCGGGCGGAGGAACCCUGCUCUCCAGCAAACACAACAACACCAAAUCCCAGCCAUCCUUCCACCACUCCCUGCACAACCUGGCCCAGCUGCCCCCCUCCUACGAGAGCGCCACCAAGCCCGAGCUCAACCGCUACUCCUCCCUCAAACGCCUCGAAAAAGGUCUGGAUGAGUACUCUUCAGGCUACUGCACCACCAAGCGCCGCCCGCACACUGCCCAGCCGGCCCUGCAGUCGUCCCAGUAUCACCUGCAUUGGGGCGGAGACUACACCCUGAGCGGCAGAGGGACCCUGCCCAGGCACGCUGCCCGGCCCUGGAUCCCCCCUCCGCCCGCUGGUGUGCCUGCCUCUCCCACUCCCAACCCUUACCCUCUGGACCCGCCCGAGCCGCAGUUCAACGCUAACUACGACACUCUGUCCAAGCCGAGGAAAGUCAAGUCCUCUGACCAGCUGCUCAACAUGGGAGACGUCCCAGGGAACACAGGCACACUCUCCCGGAUGUCCAAGAAUCAGCAGCACCAGUACUACAAGAACAAGAACUCCAACACGCAGACGCUCACCCGCAAACCUCAGGACCGGGACCGGGACCGGGACCGAGACAGGCCUGACAGGCAGGACCGACAGGAGAGGCAGGACCGGCAGGACCGACAGGAGAGGCAGGAUCGUCAGCGCGAGGAUCGGCUGCUCAUGUCCCCAGACCACCUGGAGGAUCGGAUGGGCGUCGGAGGGAUUGGAGUGGUUGACCCGUACGCCCACCCGGCGAGCGGUGCCGUCCCGACUCUGCCUCGCCAACAGAAGGCCCAGUCUCAGCAGAACGUUUGUGCCACGCCUUCCCUGGACCGACACCACAUGAUCAAGAUGAACUCUCACCCGACCUCGGGGAGGGAGCAGGAGAGGAGCACCCCGAUGCCCGGCCACAUGAGCGGGGGGAUGGGAUGGGCCGGCGAGGUACCCGCCCCAGGCGGCGUCGUUAUGGGAACGGGAACGCUCGGAGGCCACAGUGCCAGGAGGAUGGCUUUUGCAUCAAAGAGGCAGAACACCAUAGAGCAGCUCCACUUCAUACCAGGAGGGGGCAGCGGGGGGUCAUCCGGUAGCGGAGGGAGUCAGGGAAUCAGGACAGGGAGCAAAAACGAGGUGACAGUGUGAGCUUAGUGCCUAAAGUCGAGUUUACGCUCUUUAGAGGUAGGAUAGAUAACCCUUCUGCAUUUAACUAUAGAACAACGGCAUUUAACUACUAGAUCAAAGGCUAUAACAAAUAAGACUAGAAUAGUGUCUACUAUAGAAGAAAGUUUAUUUAUAUAUACAAAAUAUAUGUGUUAGGCCAUUUAAAUUACUAUUAUGUUGUAAUUAAAUAGCUGAACUAGUAUUAUAAAGUUACAAAGUUUAAGUAUUAUAGAGCUAUUGUGAGGAUUAUCUGUUAUGGUUAUGUGACAGCCUACAUCAGCCAUAUUUUGUAAAGUUUACCAUAUCGCCAUUAAUAACAGUGCCAUUACUUAAAAGACUGGGUGAGAAAGGGGAAAAACUGCCAGAGCUGUUCUUCAUAAUUUAGUAUUAAAUGUUUUUAUUUUUCCAAAACGUACUCAGGAGCCAUACUAGACAGAAAGCCAGACCAUUUAAAAAUGAGGAACACUCACUACCUGCAGAGUUGGGACAUUUGCCGACAAUGAUUAUCUCUCGAAGAACAGUCGUAUCCACCCUCAUCUUUUUAACGGAUACAGAACUUAUUUGAAAGCUUUGUCGAAUAGACCUGGAGGACUUGUUCAGACUGGGCUCAGCCGGACUGCUUCAAGAAUGGAUGUACAAAUUUUAACAAUUUGCCUGGGUUGCCUAUAGAUUUCCAUGUGACCUUAGCCCAAAUUCUGAGUGGACAUAAAUCACUGUUACAUUGCAGAAGUGUAAGCUAUAUACGUUAGCUAGAUGAAUCAGGUGUGUACAAACGGGGCUACGCUAACCAAGAGCCAUUGCUGACAUCUUGAAAUUCUCACAAGACGUAACAACAAAAGUGCUAAAGUGUUUGUUUAUGGGGGCAUCUUGCUUUAUAGUAGUCAAAGAGUAAAGAGCACAAAUAUAAGGUUGUUCUUACACAACUGUCCUUCAAAGCCAUUUUGUGGAGAUACAAAGAAAAUACCACUGCAAAGCUGGUCUGACAAUCACCAUUUCUAGUUUAUCCUCCUGGUCAGUGAUAUUUUGUACAGAAAAUGGAUUGACUUCAGAGCAAACCCAAAGGCCUUCUCCUCCUGAGAGACUUCUACGGAAGCCCUGUCCACCUUCAAUCCAAGAUCUUGCUGUAUCAUAACCGCAGUUCAACCAGUAUCGGUCAAAAAAAACAAAAAAGAGAGAAGUGAAAACCCACAACAAUAACGCUUAUCACUACUAAGGGCUAUCCUAUCUUAUAUACUGUAUGUGAAAUAUAUAGUCCAUAUAAACCGAUAUCUCUUUCUCUUGAUUUUGUGUUGAUAUUGUCAUGUAUUAAGUAUUAAUGUGUACAGAAAAUGAGCUCUCAAAGCACAGUUCAAAGAGAUAACAACAUUACUUUGCACAAAUCCAUGUUAAAUUUGCACCAAAACGUAGACAAACUUGGCCAAUCUCAUGACUGAUCGGUCGAGGGUUUUAUGUUCAAGUGAUUUGUACAAAAAAGUGAAUCUAUUGACAUUAGUUCAGUCACUUAAACAAAAUUCUAGAUCAAAUUUAGUUGGACAAUCUUCCUAUACAUAGUGCUCACUGUAGUUGUUCUUAAUAUGAUGGAGUUUGCUUAUUAAUGAUUAUUACGAAUAUUAUAUCUGUAACACUUAUCUUAUGGUGUAAUGUUAUUUUACUUGGUGGGAUUUACGUGUUUCUUGUUUUUUUAUACUUUCAUUUUUAUUUUGAAAGGAAACUAGCGUUCUCAUGACUAGCUGUUUUUUUUCACACAUUCUGAAUCUCGAUGCAUGCCAGCUCCAUUUCUUUGAGAGGCAUUUUUGCAGUUAGCCUGGAUGUACUGAUCACUUUCGUACUGUGCCUAGUCAUCGGCCUUAUUGAGCACCAGUUACUUCACUACGCUCUGGUAAAACAUCACGGGGACAACGAGCGCCCGUGUGAUGUCUUAACAGAGGAGACGUGGGGGGGUAACAACAAGUUUGAUGGGUAAUUUUCACUCAAAUUCUCAACGUCAUGAUGUUUGUGUGCAUGGGUGAAUGUUUUCUACACAGAUGGAGAUGGACUGAGGGAGGAAGUGAAUGCUUUGAACGCAAUGUCUUUUUCAGGGAAACGGGACUGAUGUGAAAUGAAUACAUGAAAUAGUACUAGAGUUUUUUAUUAGAACCACUAAAGGUCUGUAGCAAAGUCUGUAAAAUCUCACAAGCCAUAUUCAAACUUCAUUCUCACGAUUUUAUAAAUGGUCUGAUCUAAUUUGUGCAAGUAUUGUAUUUUGUAUAGCUAGUACAAUCAGAAUAUUUUAAGUGGUCUCUUUGCAUUGAUUUGAAAAGCCAACACAAUGUGAUAGUAUUUUAUGAAUUGUACAGUGCCAAACCUCAUUCCAUUUUGUUGUCUUUCUAUUGUCAUAGCUUCCUAAAUGGCUAAUGGGGUAAAAACCUUAAACCAACGGUGACUAACACAGAGCAUGAGCUUUAGCGACAAGAAAGAAAUGAAUGAAUAUGGUCUGUGCUUUACCAUUAUGAAUUCAUUCGGAGCGACUGUGAUUCUUGGAAAAUCAAAGGGAACUGAAAUUAAUGAAUUUAUUUGAUGUUUAAGCAACCCUUCUGUUGUUGUUCAACGCAUUAAUCCCCAUUGGAUACCAAGAAUUUGUAUAAUAAAGUUGGUGAAACACU